CUGUAACUCAUAUCCAAGGCUCAGGAGCAAAAUCCAGUGUGUGUGUGUGUGUGUGAGAGAGAGAGAGAAGGGGGAGGAUAUCUCUUUUUUUCUUUCUUUCUAAUGCACGCCAGUGUUGGAAGGAGCAGGCAGAGAGAGAGAACGAGAGGGAGAGAGAAAAGGAGAAAAAGAAGAGAUCUGCCUCUCUCGUGUGCAUGUUUCCCUGCAUGCUAAGGGCUAAGAUUUGCAUCAGGCUGACUGGGAACUGCAGGUGCCACACUGUUACAUACAUCAGUGAGAUGAUUUGAUGGUAAAACCAGCACUUUCAGAGUGGAGCGUCUGCCUUCAUCCAUCAGACUUGAGCUGGGUGUUAGUCUUGGUGGCGGGUACGGGCUGUGUGUUCUCUUUUCCAGGGGGCUGCACCAUGGCAGUCUUUUGGUAGGAUGCAUCCUGUCUUGGCUUUGUUCUGCAGAUCCACCCAUCUUCCUAACAAUCAAGUAACAGGCUAUGGUUUCCUCUUGGAGGAUCUUUCGUGCUUUACUGUUGCCUCGGGUUAGUUUUUGGCCUUGGUUGGAAUUCCUUCGCCUUACAUUUUGGUUGGCUUCCUUUUGAAAGGGGAGGACAUUUUUUUUUAAAACAAAGAAAGGAUCUAUGUCUGUUUUUUUUCUUCCACAGUUCUGGGUGAUAAUCCAGCAUCGGUCUGGAGUGGGGGGAUAACCGUUCACCCUGGCUGAAAAACGCAUCCAUUGAGAAGUCUGAAAGAAAUUAACCACGUGAGGGAAAGGGGGGGAAACCCUGGGAGAUCAGGAUUUUACCUUUUUCUUUUCUUUUUGUUCUUUUUUUGGUCUAUGAUAAAACUGGUGCCCCUCUUGAGGAGAACUGAUCUCAAUUUAUUAUUAUGCAACAACCACAAGGAUCUCAUCUUUCUCAGGGUGUAUAAGCGCUGGAUUGCUUUUCGCCCAAAUCAAUGUGGUUUCUUUGGAACAUUUUCAGCAAAGGAUCGCAUAUGCUGCAGUGUCUUUGUGGCAAGAGUCUUAAGAAAAACAAGAACCCAACUGAUCCCCAGCUCAAGGGUAUAGUGACCAGGUUAUAUUGCAGGCAAGGAUACUACUUGCAAAUGCACCCCGAUGGAAGUCUCGAUGGAACCAAGGAUGACAGCAGUAAUUCUACAUUGUUCAACCUUAUACCAGUUGGACUUCGAGUUGUUGCCAUCCAGGGUGUAAAAACAGGAUUGUAUAUAGCCCUAAAUGGAGAAGGGUUCCUUUAUACAUCAGAACUUUUUACACCAGAAUGCAAAUUUAAGGAGUCUGUUUUUGAAAACUAUUAUGUAAUUUACUCGUCGAUGCUCUAUAGACAACAAGAGUCAGGUAGGGCCUGGUUCCUGGGACUCAAUAAAGAAGGGCAAGUCAUGAAAGGAAACAGAGUGAAGAAGACAAAACCAGCAGCUCAUUUUCUACCGAAGCCAUUGGAAGUUGCCAUGUAUCGAGAACCAUCUUUGCAUGAUGUUGGAGAAACAGUGCCAAAGGCUGGGGUGACUCCAAGUAAAAGCACAAGUGCAUCGGCAAUAAUGAAUGGCGGCAAACCAGUUAACAAGAGUAAGACAACAUAGCCAGAUCUGCAUGGGUAUCGUGACUUAUUGAGCUCUCUAAGUUUGGCUGAGCACUUUAUCCUUGCAAGACUGUCUCACUCUGGCAUCUGCGGAUCAGCUGGAGACAAGCAAAUGCUUGCUCUCUGCUCACUCCAAACUAGGUUGUUGCAAGUGGAUAAAUCUCAACCCGUAAGUCCUCCCACAGCAAAGAAGACACCUGGAUAAACCAGCUGGACUCAGACCAUGGAAUGCCCUACCAGAUAUGGAAUGCCUUUUUAAUCUCUUUUCUGUGACUGUGACACCUCAUGUGAAUGACAUACUUCACAAGUACACUUGAUAUCCUGCCUGCUGACAGUUACCCAUAAUCCCCCUUUCGAGUCCAGGAAACCCAUGUGUUUUAAGUUCAAUUUUGUAGCACACAAAAUAAUAUCAAGUAAUUUCUAGAUAGAUGCUGUAAACCUGUGCUAUUAUGGAUUUUCUCUUCUCCCCCCUUUUUUACGAGGCUGCUCGCUCCGCUGUCUGUGUGACUCCUUUGCAGGGAUUGUGUUUCUCUCAGAUUUAAAUGUUAUUGGUGGCUUAGUUUUGAAAAAAAAAAGCAAUCAGGGAAUCAGGGGAGCCUUCAGAACCCUAUUAGGAAUUAUACCUGUCAAAGAAUAGAUCAUUGUCUCAGAGUUACCAAUGAGGAUUCAAUGUGACUUUAGUGCGCUCCUGAGGAUGGCAUUACUGUGGAGGGAAAAAGCAUCAAACAAGGCCGGACAACAAUCUCUCAAGGCCAAUGUUUGACAUUCCCUGGUAGUUUCUUUUGUGUGUGUGUGUUUUAUACAUAUCACAGGCUUACUGGUAAUGGUAACAUUUGCCUUGCCCAGCGAGCAAGACCCACAUGUUUUUGGGAAAGUGGGUCCAAAGAACUCUGUAGGCCUUGUAGGCCUGAAUUAAGGCUCAUUUUUUUUCAUCCACUAGUCCUCAUUAUUUGGAAGUCAAAACAAUAACUAAGAUGAAUGAGAACUGUGCUACCUAAAUCCAUUCCCCUCCAACCCCCAACUCCCCUCCCCAAAGUAUCUGUUUCUUUUUUUUUAAUGAAAGGAGCGUAAUCCCAUUCUUAUUUUUUUGGCUGUAAACCAUCCUCUUAUUCAGUAAAGCAUGGGCAAGGAAAUUGUUGCAUUCUUUUUUGCAGCACCAAUGCAAAGGGUAGUUACAAAAUAUACUUUAAUAUUUUCAGUGUUUAAAAAAAGGAGGGAAGUUUUUAAACAUGGUGUAUUUAAAGAAUUCCUUUGUGUUUAUUUUUUAAAAAGCUCAGCAUGCAGAAUUCAAUGCUCUACGUAUUAUUUCACCAGUACCCCAGUACCACAUCCUUCCAGGCCAGCUUCUUAGGAUAAUAUAUGCCCACCAAAUUGCUAGGUUUACGGUGCCUUGCCUUGAUCUCAGUAUUGUUUCCAUUGUACUACAACAUAAACCUAGGAAAUUCUAACAGGAUCACAUGGCCAAGAUCUUUUAUUAUUCAUCUGGGGAUCUUUUUUUUCCUUUUAAAAAAAACAAUCUAAACCCUACUGUGGAUAUUUCCUGGUUAUCAGUUUAGAAUGACGCAGCCAAUUUAGAAUUCCAAGGAAAGUGGUCACAAGUCUUAGAAGACAUGGGAAAAUGCUGCAGGACAUUGAAUAAACAGUUAGUGGGUUUGAAAGUAUUAAUGAGUAGGCUUCACAAAAACAGAAAGCUUGAUAUGGACCAAAAUGUACCUCAAUUCUGGAAAACCAUGUAUGAGACUAGUAAGGGGUCAUGUUUAAUGGUUACUUCCAUCCUGCUUAGGUGGCUACAGGUUGACCAUUGAUUAAACUCUUGAUGCAUAUAUGAUUUUCGUAUUGGCUUCUGUUUUGAUAUGAUUUGUGUCCCAAGUAGGUUAUGUAUUAGGAAUAUAUUAAUUUUAUCAUUUGAUUGUAUAUUUUCAGUUUUGUUUCCAUCUAAGACAAGAGACUGUUUAAAGUUGGUUCUUAUUUACAAGACGAGUAAAGCACAUUAAAAGACAUUCAGUUUCCAAGCACUCCAAAUGACAAGGAGAGGGUAUAUUAGAGGUAUAUUAAAGUAAAGGAAAUCAUCUGCACAACAGUAAAUUCUGGCCAUUCUUUCAUCUGGUGAUUUCUAGAGAAGAUAUUUCCAUGAAGAAUCCCCUUUUAUUUUGUUGAGAUUCCUCUGCACCACAAUGAAAAAGGGGACAAUACUGUCUCAUCUUAUUGUGUGUUCAAGGAUCAGUAAGUGAUCCGGCCUAUUCAAAGAGGCACUCUUUUUGCAGAAUAAGUUGUGCAGUAAUGCUGAAACUGAAGGUCUUUGGCCAGGUCUGUCAACUUUCCUUAUUUUACUCUCAAUUGUGAAUUGUUUUGUGUUUCACCUGUAACACCCCAAUUCAUACAGCCUGCUUACAUACUUUUGAAUUAUGUUUCUGUACUGUGCAACUGGAAACCAAUGAUUCUGGACAGUUCUGAAAUGGGAAAGCAAAAUAAAGAGAUCUGAAGUGCAUCUUUUUCAAAA